GCACCGGGCCCGAAAAGGUUAAGCGGGCAUUGGGAGGCAAAAAGCAGUCAAGCCAUGAGGUUCCGUGUAAUAUGUAUAUUAAGCGCGGGUCAAAUGCCCGGGAUUUCUGAUUGGUGAGGCGCCAAAACCUGGGGUGCAGUGUGCAUAGGGAACGUUUAUGAACGGCGUGCUUGGACCGACCUCGUUGCUUCUAUUGCCUCGUUUGCGGUAAAACACUUUUGUACAUGAUUCUAAUGUUGAGGUAUCGCGAUUUCAACGGUGGGAUGAAAGACCACAAGUCAUGGAAGAAGUGAUGAAGGGCAAUCCCAGGCACAAUGCCGGCGCUAAUCCCGCACUGGCGCUCGCUACCACUGGCCCAUCCCACAGCCAGGUCCCACCCAAGCAAGUCCAAACCCGUGUGACGGUAGCCGGUCUCAAUCCUCACGACCAAAAAGUCCGCGACACUGGCCUGUUCAUCGGAGAUAAUUUACCAGCAAUCUUCGUCAAUGACGUAACUGGAGUCGUCACCAUCGUUGGGCCAGAAGUCAGCAAGUUCAAAGUCGGUGACCGAGUAUUCUCACAGUCUAAUCUGGAUGGGUAUUCGCAGAGGAUACUGCAGCACGAAAUUAAGGCCUCCAACCACGCUGAGACGGCACUAAUAAUUAUAGGCGGCGGCAGUAAUUGCGGAAAAUUUGGUGUUCAGUUGCUCAAGCUGGCGGGAAUUGCAAAGAUCGUAGUUGUUCGUGGCUCUGAAGAGGAGCUGCAAAGCUACGGCGCAACGUAUGUCUUGGAUAGGCACGGCGGCAAUGGUGCAGUGCUGCAACGCAUACGUAAUGUUGUUGGCGACGAUCUGAUAUACGCCUUCGACACCAUCAAUCUUCCUGUGGAGCAGUAUCUCGCCAUUAGCGCACUUUCUUGUAACGAGAAGGGCAGACUCGCACGCCUUCGCUUCUCAGGUGGAGCUCUUGACGAAUCAAGGAUCAUCGGAAACAAGAGGGCUAGGCCUUUUUGGGACCGCGUGGAGUAUUGUUCGGAAGAUGGAAGCUUCCUGCCGUUGAGGUACGAGGCUAUCGAUAGACUAGACGCCGACAUGAUCAAUGAGCUGUUGAACCGGUGCAGAGACGGUAGGAAGGUGGUCCAGACGCAAUUCAGGGUGUCUGCAUGA